AGGCGCUUCUCCACCCUUCCCCAAAUCCCUAAUUUCGCGUCCCAUGGAAAUGUGGUGUCGGGGUUUUCCGGUUGUGCACGUAGGAAACACUUUCCCCGCCGAAUCUUUCGUGGAAAUCUCACCUUCUAGAGGGUUUUGCUAUCUCGGCGCCUUCUAAUCUGACGCCUUGAGAUACGGCUUCGUUAUUCUUUGAAGGUGUGUAGAUCAUGGCAUCGUCCGAUGAUGAUGAGAUUGUGCCGCAGAUUGUCACAAAUUAUCAUUUGGUGGACGAUGAUGAAUCGCCCAUCUCGUUUUCAGUUUUGCCUGUCCAGUUUAGUGACGGCGAGAACCAGGAUGCUGUCAACAGGGCCGUUUUCUUGCACGGAACCACUGAUGGCGGGCUUCAGAAAGUCUACAAACAGGUUGUCGCAUGGAAGUUGGUAUUAGAAGAUGAUCAACCCAAGAUCAUGGUCCUCUCGAAGGACAAGAAAUGGAUCAAUCUUCUGAAACCAAGAAAGAGUUACGAGGAUACAAUAAGGACAAUGUUGAUCACCAUACAGUUGCUUCAUUUUCUGAGGAGAAAACCACAGGCAUCAGAAAAGAGCCUUUGGGAACACCUGCGUGGUGUCUUCAGCACAUUUGAGGUCAGACCUUCUGAGGAUGACUUCAGGGAACAUAUUUCACUUAUGAAGCUUUUUAGGGAGAGGGAUCAGGUCUUAGUAAAUUCACAGCUGUUGCUAGAGUUCCUAGAGGGGAAGCCAAGGAAGAAAUUUGGUGAGGUUGCUUUAGAUAGUUCAAAUCUAAAUCAGCCAUUUAUUGCUGAUGAUGAUGAGGUUGAUGAAGACAUAAAAGAUGAUGCUGAUGAUGAUUCAGAGGAUGAGUCUGAUUUAUUUGAUUCAGUAUGUGCCAUUUGUGAUAAUGGUGGUGAACUUUUAUGUUGUGAAGGACCGUGUCUGCGAUCCUUCCAUGCCACCAGAAAAGCUGGAGAAGAAUCAGAAUGCAAGUCCCUUGGAUACACAAAGGCUGAAGUUGAGUCACUACAGAACUUUCUAUGCAACAAUUGCUUAUACAAGCAGCAUCAAUGCUUUGGCUGUGGCAAAUUAGGCGCCUCUGAUAAAUCAAAAGGUGCUGAGGUAUAUCCUUGUGUUUCUGCGACAUGUGGUCACUUCUACCAUCCAAAGUGUGUUUCAGAAUUACUUUUCCCUGGUAGCGAAGCUGAAGCAUCUGAGUUUCAGAAAAAAAUUGUGGCUGGGGAAUCAUUUACAUGCCCUGUUCAUAAAUGUGUUGUUUGUAAACAAGGAGAAGACAAAGAGGUUAGAGAUUUGCAGUUUGCAAUGUGCAGACGGUGCCCAAAAUCUUAUCAUAGAAAGUGCUUGCCAAGGAGGAUUGCGUUUGAGGAUAUAGAAGAUGAGGCUAUCAUACAAAGAGCUUGGGAUGAUCUUCUUCCUAAUCGAAUCUUGAUAUAUUGCCUAAAGCAUACGGUUGAUGAAGACCUUGGAACUCCAAGAAGAAAUCAUAUUAUAUUUCCUGAGACUCCUGAAAAAAAAAUAGUUUCAGAUAUGCAAAAAAGCAAAAUUAAAGAAUUGGCAAAGAACAAAGUUAGAGAGUUGGCCCGAGAUCGAACCACUAUGAAGUCAGUCAAGGCAACUAGUUCUGAAGGAAAUCACUCGAAGGAAAAAGUUGUCAGGAGUGUUACUCAGCAUGGUCUUGGUAUCCAGAAAAAAGAGAUGUCCUUGAAGGACAAGUCACGAUCUGAUAUGGACAAAGCUGAGAGAACUGUUUUUGAGGACAACAAGACUCCUGACAAAGAGGCAAAACCUACAGCUUCUACGAAACCUGCUGCAAAGACAUUAAGUUCAUUUCCGCAUAUAGAUAGUGAAACAGAAGCAAAAGUUUUGGCUUUGUUCGAAAAGGCAUCAUCUUCUUUAAGCUUGGAAAAUAUAACCAGAAAACGGUCAAUGCCAUCUACUCAUGCAUACGGCACAAGGCACAUUGACAAGACCAUUACACAAGGCAAGGUUGAAGGUUCUGUUGAGGCAAUACGAACAGCUUUACAGAAGUUAGAGAAUGGGGGUUCUGUGGAGGAUGCUAAAGCUGUCUGUGAACCUGAGAUGGUGAAGCAAUUGCUUAAGUGGAGGGAGAAGCUCAGAGUUUAUCUUGCACCUUUUCUCCAUGGAAUGCGCUACACAUCUUUUGGUCGUCAUUUCACUAAAGUAGACAAGCUUAAGCAGAUUGUAGAUAAGCUUCAGUGGUAUGUUCAGGAUGGUGAUACGGUUGUCGACUUCUGCUGUGGUGCCAAUGAUUAUAGUAUUUUGAUGAAAGAAAAACUUGAUGCAGCUGGGAAGAGGUGCUACUUCAAGAAUUAUGAUAUUAUACAACCAAAGAAUGAUUUCAAUUUUGAGAGGAGAGACUGGAUGAAGGUUAACCCUAAGGAAUUACCUACCGGAUCCAAAUUGAUCAUGGGCCUUAAUCCUCCUUUUGGUGUCAAAGCAGCUCUUGCGAACAAGUUUAUUGAUAAAGCCUUAACCUUUAAGCCAAAGCUCCUUAUUCUUAUUGUUCCCAAGGAGACUGAAAGACUAGAUAAGAAAAGUCCUCCAUAUGAUUUAAUCUGGGAAGAUGGUCAAAGUCUCUCAGGAAAGUCCUUCUACUUGCCUGGGUCUGUUGAUGUGAAUGACAAGCAAAUGGAGCAGUGGAAUUUGAGUCCGCCACCACUAUAUCUAUGGAGUCGUGCUGAUUGGACAACGAAGCACAAGACCAUUGCUUCACACUAUGGACACACAUUCACAGAGCAGGAGAUUCCCGUAGAAGAAAGUCUGGUGAAGAAACCAUCAGAAGUUCUUGCAGCAGAGGACCAUAUGGAACAAGAACCUUUGAAAGGAGUUGCCACUUCAGAAGGGACAGAGGCUAGAAAGGAAGACACUAAGAGCUCUGGACGUAGCAACAAAAGGUUCUCAGCAGAAAAUCGUAGUGGUGGUUCUCGUAAGAGAAGAAGGUCAAAGAAAAAGGCAAAGGUUUCUGAAGCAAAGGAGGUGGACAAGUUAUCAGACAUUAGCAUUUCACCUGAUCAUUUGGAGAGUAGAACGAGGAGUCAGAGUCAUCUUCCAUCAGAACCAAUUGAAACUCCAUCAGAAAGGGCAAACAAUCAAGACGUGUAUUUCAGUUCUGGAAUGGAAUUUGGUGUGACGACUGGUGGUAAUGACAUCUUCAAAGACAUUGUCAAUGAUGACAUCGACGAAAUUGCUAGGAGGUACACUGCUCCUGCAGCUGGAGAAGGUAUGUUCAACCGCAAUUCACAUGUUUGGCCAACUGGUGGAAUUGGAACUCAUGAUUAUGGUGUCCCAAGCUCGGAUUCACGGUUCUCUGAUUACCCGAGAAGCAACAUAGACUCUCUUAGCAGGAACACAUAUUCCAAUGACAUUGAUGGGUACAGGAGGAUAUCAGAGACAGAUCUGCGGGCACAAAUAAGGUUGUAUGGAACACAAGGUCAAGAUGAGUGGUCACAAAGGAAUGGAAUGUUGUUAGGUAGUUCAGAUUCAGUGCUUGGACAGCCUCGCUUAUUUCCUCCUCCUUCCUAUGGGCCAUCCACAGCUAGCAUGGCAACAUCAGCAAUGGACCGGUAUGCUCCACGUCUCGAUGAGGCAAACUAUGUAAGGCCGAGAAAUCAGGGCCCAGUUGGGCCUCUUCCUGGAACAGGCAGUAUUUUUGACUACGACAUUCAUGGAAUGAGGAGGGAUAGGCCUCCCAAUUCGAUCGGCUUUGCACCUGGACCACAUCCCUCGUACCCUCAUCCGGGAACAUCUGGUGGUUGGCUAGAUGAAUAAUUGCACAGUUUUUAGUUAUCAAGCAUGAAUCUGAUGCUGUUAGAUCUGUAUGGAAAACUGAAACAUCCAUCGUCGGCGGGUGUGUGGCAGUGACUUGCUUUGUUUCAUUAUCAACAUAGCACUUAGUUGUUAUUUAGUUUUGUUCCGCUUACUGGGAGAAUGGAACUUUGUAUAUCCAUAGAUUUUGGUAAGUUGCACAUAAACUUGGUGGGUGUUGUGACUUAGGUCACAAUAAGAGACAUUCCCUGGUAUAUCCGUUUUGCAGUGUCUGUGGAGCAAAGAUGUUCAUAUAAAUCCUUGUUAUUUUAUCUAGUUUCUAUGGUAAGAUGACUGUAUCA